AUGUCAGGUGUUAAUUUGCAUAAUGAAUCUCAUCACAACCAACGUCCAUCAUCAACACGUCUUUAUGAUAAAUUAGAUAAAUGUAAACGAAAUAAUGAUUUUUAUCAAGCACAUCAAAUCUAUCGUACAAUUUAUUUUCGUCUGAUUAAUCAAACGCAACGAGAAGAAGACAAUUUUGUUGAAAUAUUAGAUUUUAUUUAUAAUGGUGCCAAAUAUUUUCUUGAACAACAACAGUCAAAUAGUGGUUAUGAUUUAUGUAAAUGUUUCAUUGAAAUACUGAAUAAACAAGAUAAAUAUGACGAAUUGAACGAAGCUCUUCUGUCAAAAAUUUGUAAAUUAUAUGAACUUUUGCGUCCCUAUGGUGAUGAACGCACUGAAUUUACGUAUAAUAUUUUAAGAUGGUCUGAAACAAUUCCUUCAUCAUCACAACAACAACAACAACAACAGGAACACUUACCAUUAGCAUCCACUAAAGCACAAACAUCCUUUUCAUCAUCAAUUUUGUCAACAUUAAUCGAACCAUCUUCAUCAGCGACAACACCUCAACGAAAAAUUUAUCAUAAAAAUGGACAUCCUGAAUUGCAUGAAAGUUUUGCAAAAAUAUCAUGGAAUGAAAAAAAUUAUAAAGAUAGUCGCUAUCAUUUCCUUCAUUCUUGUGAUGGUAUUGAAUGUGCCAAUAUGCUUAUUGAUUUACAUACAAAUUAUGGUUAUCCGUCCGAAGUUGAUCUAUUUAUAACACAAAUUGUUUUACAAUAUUUAUGUUUGAAAAAUUUUCAUACAGCCUAUCUUGUUUUUGUGACAUAUGUUGAGCGUCAUCCUCUUAUUCAACAACAGGCACCGUUUCGUUUGUAUCCAAUAUUAAAUUUUGUUUGGUUUUUAUUAUUAUGUUUAAAAAAAAUGUUGAUCAAAAAUGCAGCAACAGAACAACGAGAUACAAAAACAGACAACUAUUCUCCUCGCACUAUCUGUCAACAACAAGCACUUCUCACAUCGUUUACACCAAAAGUCAAAUGUUUUUCAACAUUAUGUGAAAUGUAUAAACCAUCAUUAGAUCGUGAUAUAACAUUAUUAUAUUAUCUUGAACGUAUUGGACAGUUAUUUUUUGGUUUAAAACAACAAAAAUCAUCAAAUCGUACACCAAGUAUAUUUGAGAAUCUUUUUCAAAAUCUGUCCACUGACUCAUCUUCAUCAAGCUACGAUCAAGGAUCAUCGAAUAAUUUUAUGACAAAUUUAUUUUCAUCAUUGCAUCAACAACAACGUCAGCCAGCAUCUAUUUUACACGACAGUGACAUGGAUUUUGACCUUAGUGUUGAUUAA